AUGAACAGCAAGGACGCGGCCACGCGCGCAGCCAAGCGCAAGCACGCCACCUCGGGCGGCCGCAAGCUGAUGCGCUGGGUCGCCGCGCGCCGGCAGCUGUUCGAGCGCACGCUGCCGUACACGACGCGCCUCAAUAGCGCGCCGCAUUUUCACCUGCGCGCCCCGCUCGCGUCUAUCAAAGGCAGCGGCAUUCCUGUUGAAGAUGGAAGCAUUUCAGAGCAGCGAUUGGUUCAGUACAUUGAAUAUAUCUCGAGUUGA